AGAAACGCCUGUGAGAACAAUGUAAUGGGUGACCAGUUGAGUGACCACUAUCUUUCUGCCGCGGACGACCUGUACCACCUGAGGAUUCCCAGGAUCUGGUGUAAGAUGACCGGCACCACGGCACCACCCUACACCUACAACGCCGCCCAGUGGCUCCGCGACCUGGAGGACCGCUGGAAACACUUUGAGAAAAUCCUCAGCAUGGGUAGAAAGGCAAUGCCAGCCUACUGGCUAGGAUCGUUUUUCAAUCCUAGAGGACUCCUAGCUUUGCUGAAGCAGGAGGCUAUCAAGAACUACUGUGGGGACAGGUCAGGCAACUUUGAACAGUUCACCUUCCAGACUGACACCACAUUCAGAGACUUUGGACAUCUCCUCCAACCUCCACCAGAGGGUGUCUACAUCCACGGAAUCCACCUAUGGGGCUGCUCCAUCGAGAAGACGACCAAUGAGUUCCAGGACCAGGCCUCGCGCCAGGGAUACGCCCCUCUCCCUGUCCUCCAUCUCCAGUGCUACCCAGUCAACGAGAAGCCAGCCCUACAGGAGCCCUCCUUCCAAUGUCCCUUGUAUGCAUCCAGAAUUGCCCCACGUGACCCCAUCAUGGAAAUCGACAUCAAGAAGGAGGGAAUUCCGCCCAUGAGGUGGGCUCUGCGCGGACUGACUGCCACUAUAUGGCCGUAUUAAACGACAAAGAACAAUGUAGUGUGGCUUUGCUGGAGAGUUUUGAAUUUUCUCUCUAUAAAUUGUGACUGUUUUAGUAGUGGUUUUGAUUAAAGUUAAUUGACUGGUAUAGAUCUGAUUUUCCAAGAUCUUUAGUAAAAAACUGUUGAUGGUUUUAUAUUAUUUAAAUGUGAUUCUUAUAUAUGUUUUUUUUAACUGGUAUGCAAUACAUUAUCAUAGCAUUAUGUAGCCAAAUCCCAUUCCAUGGUUUUAUCGCCUAUUAAUUUUGUUUGUGUGAAAAUCCGUCCAGUUGUGUUUCACACUGUGAUAAAAUAUAUAGGGAGGACUGUAGACUCCCUAAAGCCUAGCGAUUUAUUUAUAGAACGUUGGUUUUCCUUGACAGUGAUGCAUUAAGUAUUUGUUUAUACCCUUGUUGAUAUUUUAUAUAUUUAAAAUAUUAAAAGUAUGUAUAUUUUUUCUGUAUUUUUCAUGCCUAUGUGUCAAAAGUUUUACAAGCUACUGAUUUCAAUUAAAAUUGAAUGUUGUUGAAGAGGCA